AUGAGCGAGAGGUGUAGCAGGACCAGGGCCGCACCCAACAGCCCCCACCCAUUCUUAGUAGAGGCCUGCGUCCUGCUCCAGUUUUUCUACCAGCUCUCCCUGACCCGGAUCCCCCACCUCCACAGAAGAGCCACCAAAAACCCUGAGCCCGUGUGGGCCACAGGGAAGGGCGGACUGGAGCUCCGGAGAGAGCUUGGGGCCAGGGAGGCCGAGGUAGAGCAGGGUGGCAGCAGCGGCAGAGAGGAAAAGGAAGCUAAAGGGGUCACUCAGAUGGCGAGGGCUGAGUCCACAGACAAUGAGCAGAGUCACUGGAAAAAUGUUCAUGCAGCUCAAAUCCUGCUGGCACGCCAGGCCACACCCGGCGUGGGCAAGGGCGCGGAGGGCGGCGCGGGCGCGGCGGCUACUUCUGCUGCUGCUGCUGCUGCGAGUGCGGGUGGCGGCGGCGGGCGCGGGGCCGUGCGGGGAGCGGGGGCGCCGGGGCCGCGGGCUCGGCUCCGCUCGGCAGGGGGCCCCCGCCCCGCCGCCGCCCCGCCGCCGCCGCGCGACACACGAAGCCCCUGCCCUGAGGAUGAUGCUCUUCCUCACGGGGGUGGGGUGGGCUGUGUUCUCUGCCUUCAGGAGGGGCCUCAGCAGUUCCUGGUGGCCAGGGCAACCUUCUGGGGAGGGACUGGCUGGCAGGGCUCGUCGCUGGCUGCCGAUUACCAGCCCCCCUUUAGCACCAUCGUCGAGGCUGCCCCUGGUGGCAGGUUCCCUCCCGCGCUGGCCUCCCCCGUUCUAGGUUCCCUCCCCGCGCUGACCCCUCCUGUUCUAGGUUCCCUCCGGCGCUGGCCUUCCCCAGCAGCUCCUCGAGGGGCGGCGGAGGCCUCUCGUGUACGCUGUGCCAGCCUCGUGCCCGGGCAGGGAGGCGGCGGGCGGUCUCAGGGCCCGGGCCGGGAGGAGGGGUGCGGACAGACGGGGCUCGCCCCCAGGCCCCCCAGCAGCAGGGGCUCGGGCCGGCCCCCCGGUGACGGUGGCGUGUGCUGUGCUUCCCGCCAGGUCUACAUGAACGCCGUGUGGCACGGCUGGGCCAUCCCCAUGUUCUUGUUUCUAGCCAUCCUGCGGCUGUCGCUCAAUUACCUCAUCGCCAGGGGCUGGCGGAUCCAGUGGAGCAUCGUGCCUGAAGUCUCCGAAGCCGUGGAACCUCCAAAGGAAGAUCUCACCGUAUCAGAGAAGUUCCAGCUCGUGCUGGACGUGGCGCAGAAGGCCCAGAAUCUGUUUGGGAAGAUGGCUGACAUCCUGGAGAAAAUCAAGAACUUGUUCAUGUGGGUCCAGCCAGAAAUCACCCAGAAGCUCUACAUUGCGCUGUGGGCAGCCUUCCUCGCCUCCUGUUUCUUCCCCUACAGGAUCGUGGGGCUCAUGAUGGGCCUUUACGCGGGCAUCAAGUUUUUCCUCAUCGACUUCAUCUUCAAACGCUGCCCCCGCCUCCGAGCCAAGUACGACACCCCCUACAUCAUCUGGACCAGCCUCCCCACGGACCCCCAGCUCAAAGAGCGCUCGGCCGCCACCGUGUCCAGGCGGCUCCAGACCACGUCCUCGAGGAGCUACGUGGGCGCCGGGGCCCCCGCCGGCAUGAGCCGGGACGACGACACGGGGCGCUUCCACGGGACCAAAAAGGGGAACUUCCACGAGAUCUUUAACUUGACAGAGAAUGAGCGGCCGCUGGCAGUGUGUGAAAACGGCUGGCGAUGCUGCCUGAUUAACAGGGACCGGAAGAUGCCCACAGACUACAUCCGGAACGGGGUGCUGUAUGUGACGGAGAAUUACCUGUGCUUUGAGAGCUCCAAGUCCGGCUCCUCCAAGAGGAACAAGGUCAUCAAGCUCGUGGACAUCACGGGCAUUCAGAAGUACAAAGUCCUCUCGGUCCUCCCAGGAUCAGGCAUGGGCAUUGCGGUAUCCACACCAUCCACCCAGAAGCCCCUCGUGUUUGGCGCCAUGGUCCACCGGGAUGAGGCGUUUGAGACCAUCUUUGGCCAGUACAUGAAGAUCACAGCCGCGGCGGCGGCAGCAGCGUCCAGCGGCGACAGCUAGGAGAAGCCCCAGCGGGACCUUCUUCUCUGGCGGUGCCGACGGCUGGUCCUCCCCAUCUCCUCUGCAAUAAUCCUGGUCCACCUCGCAGUCCUCCCUUCUCCCGGCCGCCAUGUUGUUUCCAGCAUCCCCGGAGAGGUCCCUGGCACCCACAUGGGAUGCGCUGCCUCAGCAACCUUCCCCAGCCGCCCACCGUGGCUCUGUCCGUGGGUCCCCCUGGAGCCUCGGAGGAGCGGACGGAAGUGAGGCCGGCCUUGGCUUGCCUUGGGGGGCCAUCAUCAGGGAGGACCUCAGAGUCUCCUUGAGGCUGGUGGAGAUGGGUUGGAUCGAAGAACAGUCUGAAACUGCGUGUGACCGUCGCCAGGAGAUGCUUCGUGCCCUCCACGGCCUCGGGAUCCCGCCUCCUGUGAGGCCCUCCCGGGGACGUGACCCCCAUUUUUCUUGGUCUCUAGGGCUGAGCUGGCCCUUUGCCAAAGCAGCCGUCGUGGCUCCCUCCUUUCCCUUAUCCCAGCUUUCCGUGUUGGCCUUUUGGGCACCCGUUCUGGAGGGAGCCCUCGAGCCUGCCCGGAGGUUUGGGCCAAUGGACUUUCCCCAGGCCAGAGCCGGGAAUCAGUCAUCCCCGAGCCCCAGCCAUCUCUGUCCGCUCCAUCCCCAAGGCUUCUGGGGUUCUUGGUUCCUACGGCAACGCCCAAAGUGCUCGGGAGUUAAAAUUGUCUGACAGUAGUUAUGGCCAAGCGGAGACGGUCGGGUCGGCUCUGAGACAGAAUCCAAACAGGGGGUUCUGGGAAAACCAGAGCUCUCUGCGGCUUCUCCGAAUGGACCCUCCUGAGGCUCAGCCACCGCCGGAGCGGGGGGCCUCCUCUCGCUUUGACAGUAUUCCCAGGUCAUGUGUGCAGUGUUUGGGUAGUGUGUGAUCAGGCCCAGCGCCGGAGAGCGGCGGCCUCCCAGCCUCUCCCCGUCUGAGGGCCAAGAAAGUGGGCAGAGACGAGCAGCCAGCCAGGGCACCCCUUCCUCGGGGAAGACCCGGGCAAAGGCUUCGGCAGGCCGGGGAGGAGCGCCCCUUCAGCAGGAGGGUCCACGGCUGCUUUCCCUCUCUUAACAAGAACUGAAGGUGAGCCUGAACGCUUCAGAACGAAAGGACGUGGCCGGCUCAUCUUCUGCAACGUUCUCUGCAAGUCGCCUUCUUCCGUUCCGUGUAGGGAGUCACGGGAAACAGCGAUAGACCACGGAACCUCCCGUGGCUUCCUGUUCCGCCCAGCUUCCGGGCCAGAACUCUGCCCGGCCACCUGCCCCCUGUCCGGAUUGUCCCGUGUCCUCUGGAUGUUUGUGAGAGUUGUUUUUUGAAGAAACAGAUUCUAUUUUUUACAGAGAGCAAGCUGUUUUUUCUUAUUUUUGUAUCAUUUUCGGACGGAAUUUUUACCUUUGCUCUGAUCAUCAUUUGCUGGUUUGGAUAAGAAACUGGGCAGCAGCACUUAGGACCUCCCUUUCCCAGCCCCACUGAGCUGCUGGGAUGUGGUCACCACCUGGGGGGAGGGGAAAGGAAAAAAGCUUUGAGUUUGCCUGGUUUCUGCACCAAAAAUCGGCCCUGUGGUAAAGCGUGCCCAGGCUCCCAAACCUUGGUCCUGUUACCAGAUUAGGGCAGGAAGAACUCACUGAUUCAAAAUGGUACCCGUCAUCCCUGUUAUCACCCCCACGGAUGCGCCCGGCAGAAAUGCCCGCAGCUCGCUAGGACUGGAUGGCCCACUGUCUGUGCCCAGAGGCUGGAUUUCUUGGCGGCCUCCCGUGGAGGGCCCUCUCCUCUGGUCCACCCUGCUCUUGGGCGCGAGCAUCCCAGCGCCGGGCCUCACGGGCUUUGUGGGCUGGAGCCAGUCCUCUCCCUCUCUCAGUUCUCUUCCAACCCUUGAGCCUCACCAUGAAGACACAACUGGAAGCAGCCUUCAGGGCGAUCCAUGGGUCCCACGGCUCAGGCAGACCGUUUUUCGCUGGUUCUGGCGUCAUUAGUGUCCACCGGGUGACCUCAGGUCCCCAAAAGGGAUUCCCUUCCCCACACGUCCAUCAUCGGCCACAGUGUCUGCCUCUGGCGACCCGUGCAAAGCUCCGGCCAGGUAGGGCUGGCCCCCGACACAUUCCCAGCAGAACUGGACGCAGCUUCUUUCAUGGAAGUGGAGUGGUUGAGUUGGAGUUCCUUCGAAGGAGCAAGGGAGAUGAAAACUGACCACGCUGAUGCAGACGUCCACUGGGCUGGCCUUGACGUUCAGUGCCCGUGAAGCGACCGUCUCCGCUCUCGCCUUCCUCCUCCAUAUCUGCCUGGUGGGAGGAAAGCCCGUUGACCACGGAGAGUGAGUGGUUUGUCCGCUGGCCGCACAACAGCCAGCAGCCUCUGUCAGUGUCCGAGCGGACCCAGAGGAGGGAUGUGAUCCCAGAGCGAAAGACGAGAUGGUAAAUACUUUGGGGCAGCUCUGCGGAGAGGAAGUCUUGUCAUUUUUGUCGAGUCUUUCCCCUGGGGCAGGUGUUUCGUUUCUCUGACUAAUCAUCGACAUAGAACGGAUGUGAAAUUUUUUACGUCUGGAGUUCGAGUCUAUUUUGAACCUGUAAAUAAUCGUUCUGGUGUCACUUUGGUUCAACAAAGCAAUUGUACGAUAAACUGAUGAAAACAAAAUUGCUCUGUGACUUUUUUUAAGAAAACCUUGUUUGUUUAAAGAAAAAGUCUUGUAUAAAUUAUAAUUUUUAUUUAAAUAAACCUA